UUGCCAAUGAUUCUAAACUUUGGGGUCCCUGUGUGUUUGCCCAAGUGUUGGAGGGGUCGGGAGGGGUAGAGUACGGAGAUGGAUUGGCAUUCAAAGAAGCGAAAAAACAGUCCAGUUUCUUUUCAGAUUUUUGGUUGUAAAAUGCUUCCUAAAGAACGAUAAACACAUAUUGAUCACAAUGUGACAUUUAUGGAAAUAAGAUGUAAAACAAAGCUAAAAACGUUAUAUGCAAAUUUCCCCUGGGUCGCCCGGUGAGUCUCGAGAUUCCCGGGACAGCUGUGGACAGCCACGAUCGUCACGGGACGUCUGCAGAGCGGAAAUCAUACGCAAACAGAUCGAGAGUGAUCUCGAAGAAAAUCCAUUUUUGCUGCGUAUAAAAAGAACUUUUAUAUCGUUGUCUGACAGCUUGCAAAUAUGGGACAAGCAAAGAGAUUCACAAUAAAGCAACUUGUCACUGUAGAGCCAGUGAUUUUCUUCUAUGCAUUUGCCUUAUUCAUGCAUCAGCCAGUUAUUAACCAAUAUAUAUAUUCCCGCAUUGCUAAAGCCAAAGGAUUUCCAUAUACGACAACCAAAGGCAGCAGUUGUGGAAAUGUGACUGCUCUAAAUGAUACAAUGAAAGACCUUGAAAAACAGGUUCAGUCACUGUCAUCAUAUGUUCACCUUGGAGUGGUAAUGUUUUCUUCAAUACCAUCUCUCUUCACCUCUCUUUUAAUUGGGAGCUGGACUGACUCAAGAGGAAGAAAACCUGCAUUAUUUUUACCUGCACUUGGUAGUGCAAUAGAGGCUGGUUUAACUAUAUUAGUCAUGUAUAUGGAGUGGCCAGUUUAUGUGUUGUUUUUUGGUGCUGCUAUAAAUGGUAUUUGUGGUCAUUUUACAACAGUUAUCACUGGUGUUAUGGCAUACAUUGUGGACACAACUGAUGAAUCACAACGAUCUCUUCGUUUGGCUGUUCUUGAGCUACUUACAUUUGUUGGAGGUAUGGUCAGUCAACUGACAAGUGGUCUUUGGAUUAAGAAUCAUGGCUUUAUCACUCCCUACUGGUUCAUUCUUGGAUGCCUCAUCUUUUCAGUUCUUUAUACAGCAUUCUUUGUGCCAGAGUCAAGACUUCCUUCAGAAAUGAAAGAAGAAAAAUUUAGAUUGUUCAGCUGGAAAGGUGUGAAAAGAAUCUUCAGAGUCUACUCUACUCCAAGAGAGGGAGGAAGGUGUAACUUGUUCUUGUUAACAUUUGGUAAUGGUAUUCUGUCAUCAAUUUCAAUGGGACUUGGUGCUGUUCUCACACUUUUUAUAAUCCAUACACCAUUGUGUUUUUCACCUGAGUGGGUUGGUUAUUUCACUGCAUGGAGAAGUUUAUCCAUUGGUCUUGGUGCUGUGUUUGGUAUCAAGAUUUUAGGGAUGUGGAUCUCUGAGCUGACAAUUGCAAAGACUGGUAUUGUAACAAGAUUUUGCUCCUUGAUUAUUAUUGGGUUUUCUAAGACAAAGGUUCAAGUCUAUAUGGGUCCAUUAGUUGGGCUGUUAAAUGGAUGCUCAAGCCCUAUCUUCAGAGGAAUGUUAUCAAGAAUUGUAAGCGAGGAUGAACAAGGUGCUCUUUUUUCUGCAGUUGCAUGUCUUGAGACAUUAUCAACUUUCAUUGGUGCUUUCAUCUUCAAUACAAUCUACCCGGCAUCUUUAAAGAUGGACUUUCCCCCACUUGUAUUUCUAAUUGGAGCAGGUCUCUUGAUAUUACCAUUUUUGUUUACAUGGUGUUUGAAGAAUCCAAUGUUACUUUUGUCCAAAAAAGAUCGCGCACAGGUUGUUGUGGGAAGUUACGAGAAAAUGGAGGAUGUGAAUGUGAAUUCAGAUCCUGUUUCAGGCAGUUCAAAUGGAACUGCAGUCACUGAUGAAAUAUGCAGUAGUGUAAGGCAACGUGAAAACUCUACUUAUGGUACACCAGAUGCCUGAGAAACUACAUUAUGGGUACCCUGUGGUAGUAACUCAUGGGAUCCCUGUGGCAGUUUUUAUGGAUCAAUUUUAUUUUGCUGAAACCAUAGACUAGAUCUCACUCUUUACGUUUGAGCUGUGAUAACUUCUUGAACAAAAAUUUGCCAUUAUCCAGCAGCUUUGACUACUCUUAUGGAAUUAUUGUACUGUAUUUCAAAAUUUGUAUUAUUGGUCUAGAGUGAAGAGUGAGCGAGUCUACUUAAAGCAACUAGCUAUUAAAUAGAUAUUAAUAGAUGCUGUAAAUAGAUGGAUUUAUAAAAUCCUAAUAAUAACAAUUAUAAUCUCCAAUCAACAUGUGGAUGAUUGUAAUUCCGUGAUGUAUAAAUUGUAAUUUUUUUUCAUUUGUAUCAAAAAUAAGAUAAUCAGAAAAAAAAUAUGUAUG